AUGAAAUUCCAAGGGGCGCUCUUGCCAUUGGCUCUCAUCAGCUCUGUUGAUGCCUUCUCCAUCUCAAAAGAAACCAUCAAGGCCGGGGUCUUUGACGCUAUCCAGGAUGUUCAGCAAUUUGACCUUUCUAAAUACAAUCCUUUCCAACAAUCUCAAGUAACCGCUGAAGAAGAUGAUAUCCAUUAUUCCACAGUAAACCAAUCUGAAUGGCCAAUCGAUCUUUCUGGUUACGAAAAUGAUAUUGUGAUUCGUCUCGCUAUGGAUCCUAAAACUGUUAUGGAGCGUGAAAUUAUGAAAAACUGCAAUAAUUGCGAUGUAUGGUCUAGAAGUCAAACUUUUAUGGACAUAAAACUUCCAAGAGAUGAGCUCCAACCAUUACUCGAAUCUUCAGAAAUUAAGGUAGAUGAAUAUUCUAUAAUCAUUGAUGACCUUGCUCAAAAAAUUUUUGAGAGUUACCCAAAAAACUUUUUUAAUGCCCAAGAUGAUGAUGAGAUUGUAGCAUUGGAUGACGAGCUAUUUUUCAAAGAAUAUAGACCUUUGAAAACAAUUUAUUCGUGGUUUGACUUGCUUGCAGAAACAUAUUCUGGGUUUGUUUCUGUCGAGAAUUUUGGAACCACCUUUGAAGGUCAGAAAUUGAAGGCGUUGUACAUUGAUACUUCCAGAUUCUCUGAAGGCAACAAUCCUAACAACAAGACCAUCAUUAUUGCUGCGGGAAUCCAUGCUAGAGAAUGGAUUUCUGUGACUUCCGCCAACUAUAUCAUUUUUCAGCUAUUAACAAAGUAUGGGAUAUCCAAACCAGAGACCGAUUAUCUCAAUCAAUUGAAUAUUCUAGUGGUACCGGUAUUCAACCCUGAUGGUUACACUUACAGUUGGACUAAUGACAGACUUUGGCGUAAAAACCGUCAAGAGACCUACUUACCAAGAUGUUUUGGGAUCGACAUUGAUCACUCCUUUGAUUAUCGAUGGGAGAAAACUGAAGAAACCUCUUGGCCAUGUGAUGAAGAUUACAGUGGAGAAGUUCCAAAGGAAGCCCUUGAGGUGGCACAAUUCGAGGAAUUUUUGAACUCCUCUAAGGCAAAUCAUCAACAUUUACAACUCUAUGGAUACAUUGAUCUUCAUUCUUAUGCACAAGAAAUCUUGUAUCCGUACGCCUACAGUUGUGAACACCGUCCAAGAGACGAAGAGAAUUUGCUUGAAUUGGCCUAUGGGUUGUCCAAGGCCAUUAGACUUAACUCUGGUAAGAAUUACUUGGUGACCCCUGCUUGCAAGGACAAAAAUGUCGAUUUGACACCGGGUAUGGGUAGCGGAUCGUCUUUGGAUUAUUUAUACAGUACCGCCAUGGCACAUUGGGCAUUUCAAAUUAAAUUGAGAGACUCGGGAUCUCAUGGGUUCUUAUUACCUUCCAAGUUCAUCAAACCUGUUGGGGAGGAAGUUUAUGAAGCAGUCAAAUAUUUCUUUGAUUUUAUUUUGGAUCCGGAAUUGUGA